AUGACCCUGCCUCUACUACUAUCGCUCCUUAUCGUGGGGCUGUUUCUGGCGCUUCGUGGGGUAAGCGCCGUUCGCCAAAGCCGGCGCCGGAGUGCGCUACAACCCAAGACAGGCUCGUCUCCUGGCUCUCCAGCUUUGGAGAAGGAGAAAGUGUUUGGUAGUGAGUCCAUGCUCUUGUUUGCAUCGUUCAUGGCUCCUCUCGCACCUCGCCAUGGCGCAGUCGACGAACCGGUGGGGGACCAGCGCUUCCACUCCGAAGUGGAGGCGCUAGAUCAGCCGUGUCUUUUCAAGCUCGGGCAGCAUGGAUCGGUUCAUGAGCGACGCUCUUUAUUGCCGAAAAUAUGCUGAAGAGCUAAUAACUCAAUUAUCAUAAACAUCAGCAUGGGAUCCAGUCGCGUUCGAGUACCCCAAAGUCGAGCCCUGGACGGACUUUGAUGUUGAUCACACCAAGCCUGUCCCUCUUCGCCCCUUUCGGUGGGGCCCUACGUGAGUCGAGCAUGAGGGUGCACCUCCCGAUAUAUACACCACGGACAUCAUAAUCACUAAGUCCCGGAACGGUUGACAGCUAUCCGAUCAACAUGGGGAUCCGGCCGAUGCCAUGGGAUACAUGGCUAGAACUGGACUCGGAGUAAGUGCAAAUUCUUCGAUUGCUCGGAGCAAGGCAGGGCAUAGCCAAGAGCUCACACCUUACACGGAUCAUUCCGACCACCGCUCAGCUAUCGAAAGACUCUCGACAUUGUUUCUCAUCGCACUCGGGCCCAAGGGGAGGAAGUGAAUCGAGUGAUGCCCGGCUUCCGACCGCAGGCAUUUGAAUGUCUCGUCGAAAUAGCGUCAUACCUCGCGAUCCGAUAUCCGCAUUACUUCACUGUCAAGCGAGUCAAGUAUGAUGAGCAAGACGAGAGUUCGUGGGGAGAUUCGUUGAGUGGAAAGGAGGCGGGAUGUAUUGGGGUCAUUGAGAAUAAGAUCACGGGGGAUGUGUUUGAUUUUGCCGAGAUUGAAAAGGUCGAGGGUAAGGGGUGGAACCCGAUGAGGGUUGCUGCAUGUACGUUCGUCCGACAGCCUCUAAAUCAUAGAGGUAGACUAGAACUGACAACCUCGCGCGACCUUAGUGCUUACCGAGGACGACCUGGCCGUCAUGUGCGAAGGUACAGACGGUGAAUACUAGUAACUUUCUUCCUCGCGGCCCUGAGAUCGCCACGCAUCAUCUGUCUUACCGCUGUUCCUCCUUCAUCCCCGUCCGAAGCUUCCAAGCAGGAUCGAUCUGUACCGCCGGCUUCUGGCGGCUCAAGGACAAGAUUGGUCGCUCGCUCGACUACAUUCACUCGAGUGGUGAGGUGCCCGGGUGGCCGACCAAGCUCAAGUUUUCGAUCGAGCGCUUCUUUCAGAAACUCAAGUGCGAUAAACCGGUGCAGAGGUAUAACGUAGGUCUUCUUGGAGCGAUAAUUCGUCUCAUUUUAGACUCGGAUGUCGAAGGCUAAGUCUCUCCUUUGGCGGCAUCAUACUUCUUGGCAACACCCAGUACACGUUCCAGAUCGAUGACCAGGUCGCUUGGUCGAAUCACACGAAUGGUCCUGUGAGUGAAUAAUUCUACAAAGGGGAAGUGCCAGCGAACGUCAACAUACUGAUGAGCGAUCUUUCCCUGUCGACAGGAGCAAAUAUUUGACGAGGCGACCAAAGGCCCCGACCCGGAGCUCCUCGCGCAGUCAAAUGACCCCAACUGGAAGGCACCCCAGCCUGCCACGGCGUAAGCAUACUCAAUUUAUGUAGCGAGAUGGCAUCUUCUGAGAUAUGGCUCUCCUCACGACAGAGUUGAAGAGGUGUGGUAUAGAUCUGAGCGGCAAACGUUGAGGCGUAUGCCCAAGACGGGCUGCAUCUUGUUCACGAUCCGGUGAGUGCCUAUGAUUUCAGGGACCAGGAUUUAACUUCAACUGGGUCGAUAGGCUGACUUGUUUGACUUGUUUGACUUGUCCGGGCUGCAGGACAUACUUUCACCCUGUCGCUGAGCUGGCGAAGGAGCCGGGUGUGCCGGGACGCAUGGCUUCGGCAAUUCGAGUGAGUCGCUGAGCCCCUGAACGAGCAGCGGCUCAAGCUCUCGUCUGGGAUCAAUUUCGCCGGGCUGACUCGGGAUCCCACCAUGCGACGUCUCACCACUAGAGCUGGCCGGACGAAGUGCGAAACUACAAGACGGGCCAUUUGUAUAUCCCGGCGAUAUUGCCUGGUCUCGAUGAAAGGCACGCUGCUCAAGUUGCCGAGGGCGUCGUUGAAAUGGAGGAGGAUGGUUCUGGCGUCAGGGGUGCGAAAGGGUAUCCGUAUUGA